AUGUCUGAGGCACCUUCAGCUGUCCCAGUCAUCAAGUGCAUUCUUGUUGCUAGUCCUGGCUUUGUCAAGGAUCAGUUUUGUGAUUAUAUGUUCCAACAAGCUGUAAAGAAUGAUUGGAAAGCAAUCAUUGAUAACAAAUCAAAAUUCCUCUUGGCUCACUCAUCAUCGGGUCACAAACAUUCGCUCAAAGAAGUUCUGGCGGAUCCUACUGUCACUGCAAGACUUGCAGACACCAAGGCAUCAAGCGAAGUAAAAGCUUUGGAUAAUUUCUUCACAAUGUUACAUACAGAACCCGACAGAGCUUAUUAUGGCGUUACACAUGUGGAGAAGGCCAAUGAAGCUUUGGCAAUCGAAACGCUGCUUGUCACUGAUGAACUUUUCAGGUCGACAGAUUUGCCAACUCGUAAAAGAUAUGUCAAGCUUGUUGAAAGUGUUAAAGAAAAUGGCGGCGAAGUCAGGGUUUUUUCAAGUCUACAUGUUUCUGGAGAACAGCUUGGCCAGUUGUCCGGUGUUGCGGCAAUCUUGCGCUUCCCCAUGCCGGACAUCGCUGAUGAUGAAGGCUCCGCUGAUUCUGAGGAGGAUUAGUGAACUGUGUACAUACAUUUCUCAAAACUGGAUUUAGAGCGCUUUUCCAUUGAGUGUCGAAAAACCAAAAACUUAGUUAUCACGGCGACCUAUAUCACAAGGAGCCAAUGAGAACUCAAAGCUACCUCAAGCGCGGGAAACGUCAGUGACCAGGACGCGAUUGGUUUUAGAUUUGUAUCUGAUUGGCUGAGGGAACUGCGUGAGUUGUGUAGACCAAUCACGUUGCGAAGUAAAGAAAACCAAUCUCAUCCUUGUUAACUUUCGACACCUAAUUGAAACUCGUUCUGAAACACCCAAAUAUUUAACAGGAUAUAGCUAACAAUAUAAUUAUCCAAAACUCAGGGAGACAAUAUUUUUAAAACGUGAUCUAAGAUUAGCAAAUUCCCGUCUAUGUUAAACGAGCUUUUAUCCCACCUGAUCAACGUUUGUGAUAUCGUUACAAAAAGUUGUGGUCGUGCAUCAUGACAAAGUACACUUCUAGUGUGGUGCAUUAUCACUUUUCUCUCGAUGUAGUCCAUACCGAUGUAGAUCGCCUCGUCAACCUCAUUCCCAGGUUUAGAGAGGAUCAUGAAUCGAGGUUGAUUGUGCAUUGUGUAGUGGAAACAUUAUGAUACUACAUAUUUAUUAAUGAUAAUGAGAUUAUUAAUGGAUGAUAAAGAAGCCACAAAGAUGGUUAUUUCCCAGGCUGUGAGACAGUCUCUUGGGCAAACAGGUCAUUCAACAGUAGAUUUUCAAAAACAUUUCAAUAAAAAGAAAACUUAUUGAAGCGAGGUUCGACCUUCCUCGAGAGCGAUGUUUGAGACGACAUAGAAACAUCGAGCCCAGCAGAUUUUGGUAUUUGAAUUGAAAACAUUCAUUGAAUAAAAAUUGUUUUUAAGCGUCAAUAAAACAACAAACACAUUGAAAAAAAAAUUGGUUUGGUGCCUUUUGCCAAGGAAUAUCUCUUUAGCAAUUAGUUAAAAUUAAAAAUUAAAAUUAAAUACAUUUAUAUAGCGCCAUCUUCCAUUAAUUGUCCAUGGCGCUUUACAAUACUCUAAAAACCGUAAAAAUUAAAAUCCUAAGAAUUAAAUACACUAUAACUACAAGUAAAAACUACAAAUCAAAUGCACGCUUAAAAAGAUAAGUCUUGAGAUUAGCCUUAAAAACUGCCUCCGACGAUGAAAGCCUGAUCUGGAGUAGUAGUUUAUUCCAGAGCCUUGGUGCCGCCACGGAAAAAAGUUUUCCAACAUUGAAAAUGUUAAAAAAUUCGAAAAGAAUUCAAACAUUG